AUGCAUCGAAGAGAUCGAACGAAGGUUUUGAAACUUCCGCCACUGGAAGACAUUCGACUAAAAAAAAUAAAAUGCAGACUGCACGAGCGAAUUGUGGCCAGCUUCGUCGACCAGAACUACACCGACUCCAUCAACAGCAAUCUGAGAGAGAACUUAACCGCGCUAAAAAGAUUAGCGUGGCUGCGAGCUUGCAGACGGAAAGCUGGUUACGCUCCUAGCUUGUUGAUGCCAGUGGAGAGGAGAGAUUUUGAAGAAACGAAUUUGAUAAAUGCUUUUAGAUCUCAGCCGCCUGAAAUGAUAUGGCUAUCGGCUGUUCGAAACACAGUUCUUAUGAUUCUGGCUUACGGAGCCAUGAUGAAGCCAUUCAAAGAGCACGAAAAAGUUACUCAGAAAAGCAUCCUGAACGAGUUCAGAGUGCCCCUCAAUGCUAUGGAAACUAUGGCCUUGACCUACGACUAUAAGGCCUACAUAUGCGAACAGGACGCCACGGUCCCAGCUAAUGUCAUCAAAAUUAUGGCAAAAAAUGAACAUUCCAGGAGUUGGGAAGACAUAAUGGCUAUUUAUUCCGUGAUGUUGAAUUUGCCGAUUUUUCAGAUGAAAUACAGCAGGAAGAUGUGCUGGAAGCUGGCAAAAUAUUUUCGAUAUUUCAAGUGCGAGAUGAGAAGAAUUAUGACUCUAUCAAAUCGCAAUCCAAUCAGAGUUUAUUUCAUCUAUUCAGGUGAAGUUAACGUUCUGUUUCAUGCAGACGAGAACGAGGAUUUCACAACCACUAGCCACAAGAAAGCGAUCAAAUUAACGAGAGGCGCCUGUAUAGGACACAUGGCUCGGACUCAGCUGUGUGUUUGCGCAACUGAUUGCGAGUUCUUCACAAUCGAUAAAGUGACUUUUGUGGAGAAAGGGUUGUACGCCGUUUUGGAGCAAGAAUUUGAAGAAAAAUUUGAAUUCUUUCGAAAGUGGCUUCCAAUAUCCGACUGGUCAGACAAUGCGGUUUAUGAUUUGGCCAGCGUUAGUUUUAUCGACAAUUAUCCAACAGGUUCCUUAAUACUUCAAGACAUUGCUGAAAAAGAUUCCGACCUAAUAUGGUUUGUAGUGAAAGGAAUCGUCGACAUUGUGAAAGUAACAACGUACAAAGCUUGCGAAAUUUUAAUACACGGCAAAGAAGAAGAUAAUCCGGCUAAAAUUAAAAAACAAAAACUCGCUCAGUUCAGUAACACCAUUUUGAAGAAAAUCAUCCCAAAACCUUUAAUACAACCCGCUGAUUGCCCAGAAAAAACAGCACAUUUCAUUGCUAAGAGGCUAACUCAUCCAGCGACUAAGUUUGAAAAAUCUACGGAAAAACUCAUGAAGAAAAGUACAAAACCCGUCUACCUGAAAAUCCAAUCACUCGUAAGGGGCGAAUGCUACGGCCUGGGUAAGGUCGAUCCGGAUCAUUUGCAGGAUUAUAGAAAUAAAUUCUGCCUUAUCAGUCGCGAUAGUUUGGUCAUCAGAACCCCGUGCACUGAGCUCAAAAAUUUGAUCGAAAUCCUCGGAAUAGAUAGAAAAGAACUGAAGAAUGCCAUCGUAAUGUUGCCGACUGAGGAGGAAAUAUGCGUCCAAAUUAAGAACAACCUCUACUGGAAGUGUUACGUGAGGUCGGAGGUCAAAUAUAAAGAGAAGAAAAAUUUGUCAAAUUCGUUACGGGUUUAG